CUUUCCUUGCUUUUGGUAUUAGUUGCCUAAUAAAAAUAAUGAAGCUAAGCGAGUCAAGAGGCAAAGAAGAGAAGCACAGGAGACAACAUUUCCAGAACGAUCUAAAAAACAUGAUCUCGUCUUUAACCCACAUGGGAGCAGAGAAGGGAGGGCCGAGCCAAUAUGAAGAAAGGGAGGAAGAGGAUGAAGGCAUCAGAGUCAUCACGCUCUCAGGAUCCAACAUAGGAGCCACCAUGAAGACAGAGGUCGACAACAAUCAUGGAGACAACAAACAUGAGCUUGAUUUCCUUACUACCUUCGUUAACAGCAACUUUCAAGCUGUGAACAACUCGCUAAUGAUGGGGGCCAAAUACGAGACUCAUGAUCCCGGCGUUCAUCUUGACAUCUCUGGUGACGUGGAGAAGCCUUCGAUGAAGGCAUCUGCGAAGGAGAUGAAGGAUAAGGGGAAGACUUCUGCUCGAAGUUGAACGUUGAGAAACUGAAAAAAUAAUGGUAUCCUCAUGGAUACAACUUCUGCUUCUUUUAAGUAUUAAUUCUCUUUUAUUGUCCAUUCUAAAUAAUCAGAGAAAAGUUGUGCAUGCUAAAACACUUUACCUUCUCUUCGAGAUUGUUGUCUUUAAUCAUAUUAAAACGUUUGAUAUUACAGUCGUA